AUGUGUCUAGCCCCAGAAGCAGUGGUGUUGGACGGUGUUGGUGAUGGUGGUUGGCUUAGUAUUGGUGGAGCUUUGGUGGUGAAAGGAAUACACCCGUGGGUGUGAGUGAGGGUGACUGAAGUCUGCUAAGACACUCCUCAUAGCGUUUGAAAGAACUUAAGAGAAUAAGUAUUAAUCAGUCAGAGACUCACAUACUCAAAAGCCUCGAGUGAGUGACCUCCAGGAGCACCGGGGUAGAUGAUGGGGGAGUUGACCCCCGAAAUGAGGGGAGGUGGGGGACUGGGAGAGGAGGAGGAGGAGGAGGAGGAUGAAGGAGGAGGAGAAGAGAAACAGGGAAGAGGCGAAAGGCAACGCCUCUUGGGAUCUAAUAUCGGAUUGACGACCAAGUCGGGGAAACGAGUCACGAUAGCCGUGUUCGACGUCGAUGCUCCCGACGGCCCGAGGAUCACCGUCCCGGGAGGAGAAGGGACGAGUGACGAGGAUCAAGACGAGGACGACGACGAAGGCAUCGUCAUCACUUUCAAUACCCUUGGGCGAGGAACCAUCCGACGGAGAGCCUCUACACGGAGCCGAAGAUGCCAGCCCACCACCACCACCGCCACCCUCGUCCAUACCAGCAGGAGAGGGUCAGACACAUAUCUCGAAGUCCUGCCAGAUCUGACACAGGGGGUUGAUGAGGAGGAAACAUGGGAAAAACUCCAGCAGAUCCGUGCCCAUGCUGUGCCGAUGGAGGAAAAGCGCAAGCUCAAACGACAAUUGCAGUCUGCCCCAACAUUGCGCACAAGAGGCCUGGCAGCAUUCAAAUUAUCCAGAAGAAAAUUUACAAUGCAGGCCAAAAGCAGACUGAAAGAGAUGAUAUCAAAGAUUGAACUUUGGCACUGGAGCUUGCGUUAUGUAGAAGGAAACUUUGGCACGGGUCUUGUGGCCUUUUUCACUUUCAUCAAAUGGCUGCUGUAUCUCAACUUGGUCACAUGUGUCUUAUUGACUCUCUUCAUUCUUGUCCCACAAAUCAUCUUGAAACAUCCAGAGGAUAGAUGCUCUCUGGAUGAAUAUGACAAUAACACCUGGGCUUUUGAGGAUGAGAAUGCGACUGUAUGCUGCUAUGAAGAUUACCGCAGGGAGGUUCUAGAAGAGUCACAGCAUACUGAUCAAGCAUUUCUGGUCAAGCUGGUCUUGGAUGGUGUGCAAGGGACAGGUGUGCUGGAAAUAUCUUAUCUCUUCUAUGGAUUCUACCCACGUCAUAUCCUGUUAUUAGAAGAGAAGAGGGGGUGGACAUAUAAUUUGCCUUUAGCCUACCUUUUGGUCAUGGUAGUCACCUUGGUUCUUAGUCUAGUCUUGAUGGUGAGGGCUGCUGCAAGAGGCUUAAGGAAAAGUUUGAGAUCAUCCGAAGGACAGUUCUAUCAGUACUGUAAUUUGAUAUUUGGUGGCUGGGACUACUGUAUCGAAAACAACAAAGCUGCUUCAGUAAAGAAGAAAGCUAUUUAUAAUGAGCUUUGUAAUCAUUUAGAGACAGAAAGAUAUAAUGAAGAAAAAGAACAGAGAACAAAACGAGAAAGGUGUCGGUUGUAUUUUGUUCGAUUAUUGGUAAACCUGGUGGUUCUGAUCUUGCUGGCAGGGUCUUUCAGUGCAAUAUUCUACAGCACAUCUUUUGCCUUUCGUAAACUCAGGACCUUGAAGACAACAGAAAGUAAAGGGGGACGCCAGGAGGAUAUCAUUAUUCUUCUCUUUGAGUACCUUCCAUCAGCUGUCAUCAUUACACUAAACAUUGUCAUCCCUUUCAUUCUCAGGCUGUUAGUGGAGUUUGAACAUUACACCCCAAAUUUUAUCCUCGUAUUGACAUUAAUAAGGACAGUGUUUCUUCGACUAGCGUCGUUGGUAGUAUUGCUCUUCUCCAUAUACCAGGGUAUUCAGUGUCCAGCACCUCUGCCUGGAUCUUGUAUCAAUGAUGAAUGUGACAGUCAACCUAGUUGUUGGGAAACAUAUGUAGGCCAACAACUGUACAAACUCUCCAUUCUGGACUUGCUCAUCAUGUUCUUAACAACAUUCUUCAUCAACCUUCCACGCAAGUUUAUUGGCCACAAGCUUCUUCGGAGGAGUAGGCUUGGUUCCAUCGUAGGAGACAUAGAAUUCAUGAUACCAAAGCAUGUUUUAGACAUUGUAUAUGGCCAGACACUUUGCUGGCUUGGAAUGUUUUACUCACCCUUGUUACCUGCUGUAACCUGUGUAAAGUUAGUGUUUGUGUUCUACAUAAAAUAUUUUGACCUCACAGUCAACAGCAGUCAGUCAUCUCAGCUGUAUCGCACAUCUCGCUCCAAUUCUCUUUUCAUUAGCAUCCUACUCGUUUCUUUCAUCGUUACCAUUGUUCCUGUUGGAUACUCUAUAGCAGAGAUCACACCCUCUGUGUCUUGCGGUCCUUUCCGAGGGCUCAAUACAAUUUGGAGUCAGAUGAUCCGUGUCAUAUCAGAACUGCCACACUGGUUACAAAGUGUUGUGUUCUUCAUGGGCACUGCUGGCUUUGCAGUGCCUGCCAUUAUCAUUUUGAUUUUGGCCUGGUACUAUUACUAUGCUGUAGGAGCUGCAAAUAAGCACAUGGUGUCACUUCUCAAGAACCAGUUGAUUCUGGAAGGUCAUGAUAAACAAUUUCUUCUGUCAAGGCUUGACCAGAUGAUUAAAAAAGCAGCUGAAGAGGAUGCUACAGCUCGUUCAUCUCGCAGCAUAGAAGACGAAACAGGACAUGGUAAUGAUCAGACUCUUGAAGCUUAGAGAGCAAAUUAGUGAUUGUCGAGUGAGUUGAAAUUAGCGUUUGUUUGAGGAAUGUAUGUCAGAUUGAAACUAGAUAUUUCAGGAUGCUUUAUUCUGGGUAAUUCAUAAAAAUCUAAAUCCGUUGUCCAAUUUGAAGGGUAGUCAAUGCUGCUGAAAAUUUUAACGUUGCAACUUUGUGCUUAAUAUGGAAUUUAUUGUAGUUACUAGCAAUCAGAUAUAAAUAUUAGGUUGUUUGUAGAGCAUCUAAUUAUAAAUACAUGUAGUUUUCUCUCAAUUUAAAGAUAUAAUUGAGGAUCACUACAUUUGUUGGAGCAUAAAUGUAAAUAUAUUUAUAUAAAUACAUUAUAUAUAUAUUCUGCAGUGUUUACAUGCAGCUAAAGACAUGCAGAUCCAAAGAAUGAAAGGGAUGAAUGUUAGAGAUUGGUUCUGGAUGAAGUAUGUUUAGAAAAGCUUUUGAUUUUAAAAAGAAAAAAAAUGUAAAUAUUUACUUUCAUUUGGUCAUUUGCUGUAAAAAUUUUUACUUUUGACUCAGCUGCAAAGAAGCAUUCCAUUCUGUAUUUUUUUUAGUUUCACCCAAACUACUAGUCUUCGAGUGUAUGAUACUGAUUAAUGUUAUUUUUAUUUGAUCUAGUUCAUAAAUGUGAUGUGCAAGAUUUCAAUUGCAAGUUUCUUUUGGUUGAUUCUUACAAUCAGUAUGUAUUUGCUCACAAAAGUUUUCUCAUUUUAAUUUGAUACUACAAAAUAUGUAGUGAGAUUUCCCCCUCAUAGUGAGGGAGAUGAAGUGGAAAUAUAUUUGAAAUAUCAAAAAAGCGUGUGCAUAAAUUAGUACAAUGUAUAAGGUUUCAUUAUUUAAGAGGGUUUUAUGUUUGCAAAUAAAAUGACAGUUACCUUUACAUUAUAAUAGCAGGAGUUAUAGGUCAACUUAUGCUGGUCAUGCCAUGUUUGAUUUAUAACUUUUUUUAGCUCUCUAAUUUUUUUCGUUUAUCACCAAGUUUGUUUAUACUAUUAGGUUAGAGGUUAGUGGUAGCAAAAGACAAUCAGGUUUUUUUUAUUUUGUCUUAAAAUAUUCUCUACAUCUAAUAUCCAAAAGUGAUCAGACAAUAUUUAUUCAAUUUUCCUUCAGGUAUCUUACUAUUAUUUCAUUUUUACUAUGAUAAGGACUGAUAUGUUAUGUUUUUAAACUUUUCAUUCAUGAAUCUCUUCUUUAUACUUUUACAAUAGUCUUUCUGAGCCUACUAUUUAAUCUUUGUUUCAAGUCAGAUGCACCAUUUUACGGGUUAUAUGCCUCUGAAGAACGUUAAUAUUAGUUGCAUAGUGAGGAGGGGCACCAAUCACUUUCAUCUUAGAAUUUCAUGUUUAGUACCUGUUACCGAGCUUUAACUUAAGUUUUAUAUUCCGGUUUUGCCACCAAGGUUAAAGUUACCAACCAUUAUUACCUUUUUUAAUGCUGAUAUAUAUGCCUGUUGAGAACUACAAAACUUACAUUCCCCAUUAAAGACUUAUAAUGAAGUUGUACUUUUCAAUUUUUUUCAGUCUUUUAUAUAUAGCCAAAUUAGCAACAAAAUUAUCCAUAUCCUUUCCAAAUACACUUUAGAUUCAAGUUGUUUUUCUACCAAAAAUUGGAUUAGGAUUGAAUUAUAAGAUCAUUUUGAUCACGAUACAAAGAUGUAACAGUAAUAAUUUAGUUUACAGGCAGUCCCCAGCUUACGAUGGGGAUUCCGUUCUUGAGACACAUCGGAAGCUGGAAAAUCGUCAAAAAUUCAAAGAAAACCUACUUUUAAUGCUUUGGCUGUAUUAAAAACUAUGUAAAGUGCAUUUUUAUUGCAGUUUUCAUAAAA